AAAGGUUGUCUCUGGGUCAGUCACAGUCAGCCAAGUGUCUCACAACCUUUUUCUUUUCUCUUCUUUUCCCCUUACUCUCUCUCUCUCUCUUUUUGAAUUUGAUUUGCGAAAUUCAAUUCAAAUUCAAUUUAAUUUCCCCCAUUUACUCCUUCGCUUUUCUACCUGCAACUGAAAAUAAUAAUUAGGGUUCGUUUCGUGCUUACCCUGAACUUGGUUUCGGUGUUUGAAGUUGGAGGCAUUUUUAGAUCCCUGAUCUGAAAAUGAGUGCUUCCAGGUUCAUAAAGUGCGUCACCGUCGGUGACGGUGCUGUCGGCAAGACCUGCUUGUUGAUUUCCUACACCAGCAACACUUUCCCCACGGACUACGUGCCCACCGUAUUUGACAAUUUCAGUGCUAAUGUUGUUGUGGAUGGAAGCACCGUAAAUCUGGGGUUAUGGGAUACUGCUGGUCAGGAGGAUUAUAAUAGACUAAGACCCUUGAGCUAUCGAGGAGCUGAUGUCUUUAUACUUGCCUUUUCUCUCAUAAGCAAGGCUAGCUAUGAAAAUAUUGCAAAGAAGUGGAUCCCUGAGCUAAGGCAUUAUGCCCCUGGUGUUCCAAUUAUUCUAGUUGGAACAAAGUUAGAUCUUCGGGAUGAUAAGCAAUUUCUUAUGGACCACCCUGGUGCAGUACCGAUUAUUACGGCACAGGGAGAAGAUUUAAAAAAGCUGAUUGGUGCUCCUGCCUAUAUUGAGUGUAGUUCAAAAACGCAGCAGAAUGUGAAAGCUGUUUUUGAUGCUGCCAUCAAAGUGGUUCUUCAACCACCAAAGCAAAAGAGAAAGAAGAGAAAGGCCCAGAAGGCUUGCUCAAUAUUGUGAUUAAGAAUCGGAAAUUAAUAGGAGGUGUGUUCUUGUAUCUGUCCAUCUCGAUCUCCUGCAGUUAAAUGCUUCCCUAACCUUUUAAAAUUGCUUGAUUUGUACAUAAAAAAAAAACUCCUACUUGAUUUUAUUUGUAUUAAAUCAAAGAUGAAAGAUGCUUGUAAAAAUUUACUUGCCGUAGAUGGAAAACUGCAUCCUGUGCAGUUCAGUCAGCGGCAGGAGAUCCAGAUCCAAACCAAGUGUCUCUUUGGCAAGGUUUGGUUGCGGGAUGGAGACACUGAGACGGAGGUAUGCAUAUUAUGUUUGACUAGUCUCUUGCUAGAGAGACAGAAGACAUAAAUUUAAAGGAUAUCAGUGUACUUUCUAAAAAAAAAGACACUAAUGUGUCAGCUCUAGAGACACAAAAGGUAAAUUUAUAUAUAAAAAAAAAAAAACACUAGUGUCUCUAUUUUUAUUGUC